CCCCCCCCCCCCCGUGUUGCCAUGGCGACCUUCCCAGAGUACAUCGCUCAGAACGAGGAGCGGGACGGCGUUCGCUUCAGCUGGAACGUUUGGCCGUCGAGCCGCUUGGAGGCGACGCGGAUGGUCGUUCCCGUGGCGACGCUGCUGACCCCCCUGAAGGAGAGACCAGACCUGCCCCCCAUCCAGUACGAACCCGUGCUCUGCAGCAGAGCCACCUGCAGGGCCGUACUCAACCCUCUAUGCCAGGUGGACUACAGAGCCAAACUGUGGGCGUGUAACUUCUGCUACCAGAGGAACCAGUUUCCUCCGUCCUACGCUGGAAUCUCUGAGGUGAACCAGCCGGCUGAGCUGCUGCCUCAGUUCUCCACCAUCGAGUACGUCGUCCAGCGGGGCCCCCAGAUGCCGCUGGUGUUCCUGUACGUGGUGGACACCUGCAUGGAGGACGAGGACCUGCAGGCGCUGAAGGAGUCGCUGCAGAUGUCUCUGUCCCUGCUGCCCCCCACCGCGCUGGUGGGCCUGAUCACGUUCGGCCGGAUGGUCCAGGUCCACGAGCUCGGCUGCGAGGGGAUCUCUAAGAGCUACGUGUUCCGAGGAACCAAAGACCUGAACGCCAAGCAGCUGCAGGACAUGCUGGGCCUCGCCAAACCUGCCCCUGCUCAGGGGAGGGGCCCCCAGAGCCCCCCCCAGCCGCUGUCCAACAGGUUCCUGCAGCCGGUGCAGAAGAUCGAUAUGAACCUGACUGACCUGUUGGGGGAGCUGCAGCGAGACCCCUGGCCCGUCACUCAGGGGAAGCGUCCGCUGCGUUCGCUGGGCGUGGCCAUGUCCAUCGCCGUGGGGCUGCUGGAGUGCACCUUCCCCAACACGGGCGCUCGCAUCCUGACGUUCAUCGGGGGGCCGGCCACGCAGGGUCCCGGCAUGGUGGUGGGCGACGAGCUGAAGACCCCCAUCAGGUCCUGGCACGACAUCGAGAAGGACAACGCCAAGUUCAUGAAGAAAGCCACCAAGCACUACGAGUCUCUGGCCAACCGAGCGUCGACUAACGGACACAUCAUCGAUAUCUACGCCUGCGCUCUGGACCAGACGGGACUGCUGGAGAUGAAGUGCUGCUCCAACCACACCGGAGGUUACAUGGUGAUGGCCGACUCCUUCAACACGUCUCUGUUCAAACAAACCUUCCAGAGAGUUUUUACCAAAGACGUUCAAGGAUCCUUCAAGAUGGCCUUCGCUGCUACGCUGGAGGUCAAGACGUCCAGAGAGAUCAAAGUGUCCGGAGCCAUCGGACCCUGUGUGUCCCUGAACGCUAAAGGACCCUGCGUCUCUGAGAACGAGAUCGGGACCGGAGGAACGUGCCAGUGGAAGAUCUGCGGUCUGGAUCCGGCCACCACGCUGGCUCUUUACUUUGAGGUGGUGAACCAGCACAACGCUCCGAUCCCUCAGGGCGGCCGAGGAGCUCUACAGUUUGUUACUCAGUACCAACAUUCAUCAGGACAGAGACGCAUCAGAGUCACUACUACUGCCAGGAACUGGGCGGACGCUCAGACUCAGAUCCAGAGCAUCGCUGCGUCCUUCGAUCAGGAAGCGGCGGCCAUCUUGAUGGCGAGGCUGGCGGUGUACCGAGCGGAGACGGAGGAGGGACCUGAUGUCCUGCGAUGGCUCGACAGACAGCUGAUCCGCCUGUGUCAGAAGUUUGGAGAUUAUCACAAAGACGAUCCGAACUCCUUCAGGUUCUCAGAGACCUUCUCCCUCUACCCUCAGUUCAUGUUCCACCUGAGGCGGUCUCCGUUCCUCCAGGUGUUUAACAACAGUCCAGACGAGAGUUCGUAUUACAGACAUCAGUUCAACCGCCAGGACCUGACCCAGGCCCUGAUCAUGAUCCAGCCGGUCCUCUACGCCUACUCCUUCCAGGGCCCCCCCGAGCCCGUCCUGCUGGACAGCAGCAGCAUCCUGCCAGACAGAAUCCUGCUGAUGGACACGUUCUUCCAGAUCCUCAUCUACCACGGAGAGACGGUGGCCCAGUGGAGGAAGGCGGGGUACCAGGAGAUGUCUGAGUAUGAGAACUUCCGUCACCUCCUCCAGGCUCCGGUGGACGACGCUCAGGAGCUUCUUCACACUCGCUUCCCGAUGCCGCGCUACAUCGACACGGAGCACGGCGGCAGCCAGGCCCGCUUCCUGCUCUCUAAAGUCAACCCCUCCCAGACCCACAACAACAUGUACACCUGGGGACAGGAGUCCGGAGCUCCGAUCCUCACCGAUGACGUCAGUCUGCAGGUGUUCAUGGACCACCUGAAGAAGCUCGCUGUGUCCAGUGCUGCCUGACCCCCCCCUGACCCCCACCUGACC